CAAUGAACAGCUCAUGACAGAUGAAUCCGAACUUGAAUGUCAUGAAAAACUUAGAAAGUUAUACAAUUCAACAAAGACAGCUAAGCAUUUUCAGCGGCAUAUUGUUCGUGGUAUUGAAGGUUUGAUCUCUGUUAGUUCCAAGCAAAUGGAGAUAGUGAGGAAGUUGGCUAAGGAUUGCUGUAAGUAUGGCACUGAGAAUCAAGGGGGUGAUUACCCUCUGGCAGGGCCUUCUCUUCAAUUCGGUAACUCAUACGAAACAUUGGAAAAUGAGAGAGAGACUUUGCUUGGGAUCCUAGGUGAUCAGAUCUCUGAGCCACUGCGAGCACAAAUAACUGGCGCUCCUUUGGAGGAUGCUCGCCACCUCACGCAUCGCUAUGACAAACUUCGUCAAGAAGUAGAAGCCCAGGCUGCUGAAGUUUUGAGGCGUCGAUCAAAGUUGAGGGAUACUUCUGUGUCUGCAGAGAAUUCCAUGAGGCUUCAAACUGCAGAAACAAGGCUGAAAGAGCUUAAAUCUGCCUUGACGGCACUUGGUAGGGAAGCAACCACUGCUAUGUUGUCAGUUGAAGAACAACAGCAACAAGUAACCCUCCAGAGCCUUUGUACAAUGGUUGAUGCUGAGAGAGCUUAUCAUCGAAAUGCCCUUGUUAUUCUAGAGAAACUAUAUACUGAGAUGAUUGAUGAGAGACAUCCAAAAGAGUCUUCUUCAUUUCCACUACCAAGAGUUGGGCAUAAUCAACCUACGAAUGAGAAUGCUAAUUCAAAUGGCGUUGAUCAUAAACACAACAAUCAAACAGGAACAUUCUUUUUUGCUAAGGUCAUACAUCCUUUUGAUGCUCAAGCCGAGGGAGAAUUGAGCCUAUCAGUUGAUGAUUAUGUUGUAGUUCGUCAGGUUGAUCGGAAUGGAUGGUCUGAAGGAGAAUGCAAGGGCAAUGCUGGAUGGUUUCCCUCUGCCUAUGUACAGAGACAAGACAUAAUACCAGCCAGCAAGAUAGCGGAAGUAGAAUAACAUCAAGUCAGUGCAACCUUUGGUCUUUUGAUUAGGUGAGGCAAAAAUUGUAUAUUUCUUUUUUAAUCACGGAAUAGGUCUAUUUGGAAAGCCAUAUAGCAUGUGUUUGCAAGUAUUUUUGGGUGAUUUUGUAAUUUGUGCAGUAUGAUGUAUAAGUGGGCAUAUAAAUUAUGAUAGGAAAUAGCAAUUUUAAUAUGUAUAUUGAUGUAUCUUUGGUAUUUUCUUAGGGGUGGAUAAAUUUUAAAUCACCUUGACCUUUUUCUAUAGGAUGAAAAUAUGGUUGUAUUAAGAAUCUUCAAAUGUAUCAAUAUGAAAAGAAGUAAUUUGUAUUUUUUAAA